GGAGAGCUGGGCUAAUGACAGGGAGGCAGAUGGUGCUGGACAGAAUACGCGGAAGAGUUGCAGUAUUUUGGAGGAGGGUCUCCAGCAGCUAUAUCCAUCCACACACCGUCUCGCUGCAUGUCUCUCCAGGGCAGCCCGCCGAGGCCGUCUAAUCCCGUGUUUGGCAGCGGUGGCCGCUAGCUGCGCUCUCACAGUCCGUCACAGCCCGGACACAUGAAGCCGUGCGAGGGAGCCGGGAGGCGGCAGCAUGCCCCGGCCGGGGAGCGGGACAGGCAGACAGGUGGGCAGACACCGCCGGUAGCGGCCACUGCUCAUUGCGGGGACUCGGAGCGACACAAGCCGAUAGGCAAGGAGAGGGAGACCGCAGAGCUGGGAGAGGAGGAUCCAUGGAGGGAGUGCAUGGACACUGCGGUACAGCUCGCUCUCAGAGCCGGCCAGGUGAUCAGGAAAGCUCUACUGGAAGAGAAAAGAGUGUCUACCAAAACAUCUGUGGUGGAUCUUGUGACCGAGACUGACCAAUAUGUAGAAGAAUUGAUUAUUUCAGCCUUGAGAGAGAAAUACCCUUCACACAGAUUUAUUGGGGAAGAAUCUACCUCUGCUGGUUUAAAGUGUGCCCUGACAGAUGAGCCAACCUGGAUCAUUGAUCCAAUUGAUGGAACCUGCAACUUUGUACACAGGUUUCCAACGGUGGCAGUCAGCAUUGGAUUUGCUGUCAAUCAAGAGCUUGAGUUCGGUGUAAUUUACCACUGCACGGAAGAGAAAAUGUACACUGGGAGAAGGGGCCAUGGGGCAUUCUGCAACCAAGAGAGAUUGCAAGUGACAAAAGAAACGGGCAUCAGGAAUGCUCUAAUUUUGACAGAAAUUGGCCCUAAACGUGAUCCUGCAACAUUAAAAUUGUUCUUGGGCAACAUUGAGACCUUUCUUAAAUUCCAUGCACAUGGGGUACGUGUGAUCGGAAGUGCCACAUUGGCUUUAUGUCAUAUAGCAGCAGGUGCUGCCGAUGCUUACUACCAAUAUGGACUUCACUGCUGGGAUUUGGCAGCGGCAACUGUAAUAAUUCGAGAAGCUGGGGGUUAUGUGAUCGAUACAACAGGUGGACCUCUGGACUUGAUGUCAUGCCGAGUAGUAGCUGCUGGUACCAUGGAGCUUGCACAGAGCAUAGCUCGAGAAUUACAAACUAUUGAUUAUGGACGUGAUGAUAGCUGAAAAUGUCGGCCUUGUGUUGAAAGAUUGGUGAUUUAUUUUUUUUCCUUGAAAAAUUAUUGCACCCAAACGUGGAUUAAAAAGUAAUGGCCUGCUUUGGUGUAAGAGUAUUUUAGAGGCAUACAGCACACCAUUUAACCCUGUUGAGUGUUUUAAUUUUAUUUUUUCUCCCAUUUUCUCUAGUUUUCUGUCU